GCGACAGAAGGAACAUGCGGAAUCCUCUACUCUUUCGACUCCACGGCGCCAGUCAGCAUGCGAGGUGGAGUCACGCUCAGAGCUUAGGAAGCGAUCCGAUGUGCCCAUUACGGCAUUCGGGAUGCUCGCUACGGCGAACGGUGCGGACGUCGUGGACCUCUCCUCUCACAAAGUAAGUCAUCUUUCUUCGAGUUCUGACGUGCGAGGCUGCCCAGGCCAAGAUAGUCCAGGCACUUUGAUAACGGCGUUGAUGGUGCAAUUAUCCGAAGCGGAGCUUGUCGACGGGAUUUUGACGACCUCAGCAUAUGGAACUCGUUGUAAUUGUUCUAUACUCAGGGUGGUCCGUCGAGCAUCGCUGUCAAUUGACGAAUGCCAGCCUCUCGGUGCAGUAUCUGAGCGCACAGGCAUUCGCGGCUCAGGCUGCAUGGCACAAUCUCUCAACACCAGCCACUGUCAGCAUCAUAUACGUCUGGCUGACAUUGACAGCAUCAGGUCGAGACGGACCUAACUAUCCCUUGGCACAGACACGGGAUGCACGGUGGCGACCUGUCCGCUCGGAACCUUUCUUCCAUAUUGGAUGUCUCACAAAGAUGGCAAGCCUUGACGGUCAUUCUGCGGGUAUGGCGCGGUCAAUCACUGGUAGCGUGCUUUUCCAAGCUUUCUCCACACAGUCACCCGAGGCGAUGCUCCGUACGCGAAGUCACGGGAAUGGCACAGCGCACAUGCGUAUGAUAUAUCCAGCGGAUCAUAGAAUCAUCAUCAUCAAAUGAACGGAUCGAACGUGGCCUUCAUGUCACUCCGUUCUGCUCCUUUCAUUCUGUGCGGAACCCCACAUUGGACUCAGUUGAGGAGUCAAUAUGAACUUACUGGGUGCGAAGCCAUGAGGAACGUUUAGC